AUGUCUCGUCCCGUUUUAUCUACUCACGCUCUUGAUAUUUCUACCGGGAGACCAGUCGUCGGUAUGUUCGUUGAGUUGUACAAGAAGAGAGACAACUCGUGGACUCAGUGGCACAAUACAGUGACAUCUAGCGACGGGAGGAUACAGUUCCCGUUCUCUAAGGACUCAAUGCCCGCCGGCACAUACAAGCUUAAAUUCAACGUCGAGGAUUAUUACAAGAGAAACGAACAGGAAACUCUGUACCCGUUCGUGGAGGUCAUUAUUACCUACUAG